CGUUUUAUAAUCAAUCAACUGUGAGUCAUGUAGGUGUCGUUCAGCCCCCUUUGACAGGUAAAAGAUGUCGCCAACCAGCGCACAACGGCGACGCUCACCGAUCAGUAUAUUUCGCUCCGUUUUGUGAUUAGGUUUUGCGGUCAUACGUGAUGUUGCUCAGUUCUGAAGGUAGUUUCGCCCUAAACGGCUCCAGCAGGAGGACUGAGUCGAAGCCAGUGUUGAAUGUAGCCUAGCAGCAGCCCGUGAAGGGAAGCCAUUGUUUGAGUUGUUGGCUAACAUGGCAACGGAAGCUAACGCCUGUAGCAUCGACGGCUAGAUGGGACUUACUGCUGCAGUCGUCCUUCAUGAUGCGCGUCUGUAACGAGUGGAGUGAGCAGUCCCCCUCUCCGUCACCGUGGGUUAGCCUCACUGCUCCAUCAACCCUCUGAAGUGCGUCUGGCAUUCUCCCACGAUGACCAACAGGAAGGAGCCCCCCUUCUUUAAUGACGACAGCGUGGGAGCUUUUCAGUAUAAGCUUCCCUUCUAUGACACUAUGGAGCUUUUCAUAGAAACCCUGACAGGAACUUGUUUUGAGCUGCGCGUCUUGCCCUUUGAAGCUGUGGUUUCGGUCAAAGCGAAGAUCCAGAGGCUGGAAGGUAUUCCUGUUGCACAGCAGCAUCUUAUCUGGAACAAUGUUGAGCUGGAUGAUGAUCAUUGUCUACAUGAUUAUGGAAUUGCAGAGGGCUGCACGUUGAAGCUUGUUUUGGCCAUGAGGGGAGGACCAAUUAACACCAGGAGGGUAACUUUGGAGGAUCCUAUCAAGGAAGUGGCUGACUUGAUGGAGAGCACAAAGGAAGACGGUUGGGACAAAAACCAAACAAAUAAGCAGGUCACGUUUGUUGUGUAUCGCGAGGGCGACCAACUGAGCUUCUUCCGAGUGGUUGACAGGGGAGACGGGACCCUGACUCCCCUCUCUGAGUCUCUGAGUGGUAGCUCAGUGUACAAUGUGUAUGCUGAGGAGGAUGGAGAGAGUUCAGCAGCUGCACAACAUUGCCUGGAGAACUCAAUCACCAUGACCAAAAUGAAGCUGCUUAAAGCCAAGAUGGAGGACAUGAACCUUAAUAAAAAGAAGUCUGUUAAAAUGACGCCGCUGGCGCCUACUGAUCCACAUCCUGGCACCAGCUCACUUGGACCUCCCAGCACACAACACCUUCAUCGCCUCUUUCGCUCCCUCCCACAGAUCAACCAGCCUUGGCAGACAAAUGCCCCACUGCCUCCAAUUGCUGACCCCUCUCCUCCCCCUGCUGCUGCAACCUCUGCCCACGUCACAGUUCACAGACGCUCUCCUCCUUCUUUCUCUUCGUCUUCAUGUUACAUGCUUCAGGAGGAGGAACCCUGGGAGGCGUGCCCGCCGUUUGCAAAAAUCCGCCCUCCUCCGAAAGUGUCUCGAAUGGAUAUUGGCAGCAGAUUGAUGAAAGACUGCGUUUACCCUCAGCUCCCACCGCUCUGCACUAGAGGGGCUAGCGAAUCCCCUUUUGACCCUGUUGAGCCAUCAGUGGAGACAGUCGGGCUGAGUAUACUGGAGGAGCCGGUUGGACUUGUGGUACCAGCCCAGCCUGGGGCGUCGUUCGGAGAGCUCUCUGACCCUCUAAGCUUGGAUAUGUCCAUUCAGCAUGAGGGAGGUCACCAGACCAUUGAUGUGGGGGCUCAGCACCAGCUGCCGCACUCCCCCUCCCCUCUCUGCCCCUGGACUCUUGGCACAAGCGACGCACUCACCAGCAGAGCUGAUGGAACCCAGCUUGGCACGUCGGUACAUAUCAGCCCCCCAUCUCCAUUACCUGCCUCCCCUUCGCCUUCAGCAACCAGACUCCUUUCUCAGCCUUUUGACUCAACACUUUGCAUACAGUCCAACCUACAAGCACAAUCCUUGCCGAAGUCGGGCAGCACAUCCCCUCAUCCUCCUGCCUCCCUUGCAACUCAUCCAACACGCCUUCGCGGCGUAAAAGUAGAGUCACCUGGCAAACGACCAGAGCUCAUUUCUAAGAGGGAAGCGAGAGGCAUCACUAAGAUGGUAAACCAAGCCUGUAAGGAGCCGCUAGGGUCUCUGAAUAACUCUGAGCUCUUUGCAUCGCUCUCCACCCGAGCUCCAGACAGCAGCAGCAGAGAAGGCCUUCCAGAGAGUCUGGGCUUUGCACUGACCUUACCUCCUGCAGCCACUGCCUCAGGACAGAGCGGCCUUGGCUCCAGGCUGCCAUCCAUCCCUACCAACAAGUUUCUUCAGGAAGACCUCUUUAGACCAAUGUCGCCACUGCGCCGAGCUGCAGCUUCUUAUAGGACCAGUAACUGUCUUGCAUCAGCUGGAGGAGUCAUGAGUUCAUUUGGGACAUUAGGCACUCCAACAUACCACCUACCUCCAGUCAAAGCCCCCACUGGCUCCAAGAAAAAGAGCUCAAAGCACUGCUUCCUUUGCGGCAAAAAAACUGGACUAGCCACCAGUUACGAAUGCAGGUGUGGAAACAAUUUCUGUGCCACUCACCGUUACGCCGAGACACAUGACUGCUCUUAUGACUACAAGACUGCUGGGCGACGGUUUCUGCAAGAGACCAACCCUCUUAUCAGUGCUCCCAAGCUGCCUAAGAUCUAAACCGCAGAGUCCGCCACCACUUACAGGGGACAGACAGAAGGACAACUCUGACAAACCGAGAGGGAGAAAAUGUACUGCAAAGGCAUUUUAAAGAGAAACACUUACACCACUGUGUGCUUUUUUUUAUUAUUGUUGUUUUAUUUUACUCUGCCAAGGUUACUUAAAAUUUUAAUAAAUACUAUGUAUAAUCAA